AUAUUAGUGUAAGGGCCAAGCUCCAAUCAGUAACAAGACAAAGAAGUGAAAUAGAAAUAACGCAGUCUUAGUCAGAUGAAGGGGAUGUGAAACCUAGUACUUUCAAGAGUGAUGAU